UGGAGGGCUGCGUUGGUGCGCGUGUCGGCCGGCGAGACAUGUGACGGCACCCAGCGAACUGGAGCGAAAAACGCACGGCGCGCGGUCGGUACCAAACGGACAUUGCUUAAAACGUCUUCGAGCGCCCGUGCUAGGAUGAAUCCGGACAACGGCUGCAGGAACGGCCGGAGGUCAGCAGAUUUGAGCCUCUGGAAAGCUGUGGUGACCUGUCUGGUGACCUUGCUCUUGCUGUGGAGUCCGGCAGGGUGCAACGACUUGAGCAGCCUGAUGGACAUGGAGGAGUACAUCCCGAAGAACGACCCGGCUGCCCCGUACGGCACCGUCUGGUACAACGGCUCCUACCUCUACAUGCCGGCACCACCCGGCAACAAUCCAUCCUGCGCUCGCGGCGGCAUGACGUACUGCGACACCAUCAACACCUACCCCGGUGAGGUCAUAGAGAAACUCCUGAUCCGGUGGAAGUACGACCUGUCUACUGUGUUCUCAAGCGAGAACAGAGAUACAUUGACCAGCGGCUUAGCUCGAAAUACUUCUCAACCAUGGCCACGCAAGUCUGACGGUCACUCACGGCGCCACCACUCAUACGGCAGAGGCUGGCCGUCCCGCCAACCAGCGUUCAGGCCCAUUCAAGGCCACUACGGCCCACCAAUCAGCUUCGAAGCCGCCGUGACGUCAGACGUCGGAUCGACCAAUCCCGGCUUCGUGGUGCAACCGGGCGUGUCCGGGGUCACGUAUUCGGUGCCAUCGACACGUCAACUGCCACCGCGACAGCAGCCGGGGUACAGCCGUCGUCCACUCGCUAAUAACCCCGUUAACUGGGCAUACAGCUUCGCGGUGCCGCGCCAGAAGCGCCAGGCCGACUCUGGCGGACAGCUGUGCCCCACUACAGGCCAGUUCGUGUCGCCGCGGGCGGGCCUUAACAACCGUGGAGAGUGGAGAUUCGUCGUCAACAUGGGAGACCUGGAUGACCAGUACACCCAGCUGGUUCGCUCUGAGCGAUGCAUAUCAACUCAGUGCAGCGGCCUCUGCACCAUCCCGGCAGGUAUGACCGCCACCUGCCAGCAACAGUACGUCCAGAAGAAGAUGGUCGGUCUUGACCCGAGCGGCUCUGAGGUGUACACCGAUCUCUACUGGAUACCGCACUGCUGCGUCUGCCAGAUCCGAUAGACGCGCAACGGUCUCCAGGUCCGGUAGAAUCGAAGUGCGAGACUCGGGGCACUGUGGCGCGGUCCGCGCUCUGGCGAAGGUUCGACGGAUAGCGAUGAGCCCGGGGAAUCCGGGAGCGGUGGAGCCGGUAGAGGCAAGUGUUAAGCAUUUCUGUGUGAAGUGUGCCCGGUGGACUAUCGGAAUCGGUAGAGACAGCUGCGGCCGCUGUGUGUGGUGAACUCCCAGGAUGGGUAGAGACGGCGGAAGCCAGUGUGGUGGAUGAACCUUAGAACGAACCGAGACAGCAUGGCCAGCAGAUUCGGUGGCGUGCGUAAACACUCGAUAGAUGGCGAUGCUGCCGUUGGCGACUGCUGUGCACGGACGAGACCAAUGAAUCCCCAGUGCUGAUGGAGCCGACUGAGUAAACUACACUCCUCUACCACCCACCUCCCGAACACAGCAGUGAGCUGGAUGAGCACAUUUCGAGUGGUCCUGACCUCGCGGUUUCGGCUGACAAAAUGGCGACGACCGUCUGCCUACGGUGGUGGGAGAGUCAGCGGCCCUUGGUCCUGAAUCCCGGUGACCUAUCAUAUCUAGUGCGUGUCGUGCGGGUGCUGAACGGCGGUGCACUCCUACUAUGACGUCAUUUGUCUUGUGAUGUCACUCGGAGGCGGGGCGGUCGGUGUAGUAGCCGAACGAGAUCGUCCAACCAGUCAUUAGCCCAGUGGCAGCGGAGAACUGGAGACGGUGUUUAAGCGCCGUACAUUGGACUGUUCUGUAUUUCCAAGCAACUGCGCAUGGGCUAGCUUUUAUCACCUGUAACUGUUGUCCCAUCACCGUUCCAAAUGUCUUGUUUGUCCAACUCGUGCGCUCUUAUCACGACUCGCAACUCGGAUUAGUCGCGCUAGGCCAGUCCGCGUCUUGUGGGACGCCGGACGCGGUGGUUUAGAAAACCAUUUUCGCACGUUUUCGUCCUGUUCUAACAGCACGGUAUUCCUUGGCUAAAUUUUGGUCUCUUGAAUGGAGACCAUCGGUAAGUAGUUCAGAAAUGAUCGUAGCGUGUUUGUGGCAUUUGGUACCUCAUGUGUGCUGGCAGUUGAGUGGCAUCGCACCAACCCAUGACAGUUAGACUCUUCGCAAAACCACGUUGUGCUUUUUUUAUCCGACAAUGACAAAAUUUAAUUUUUUUUUGCUGUAGUCCGCACAUCCGCGAUACGGAAUCAUAGGCGGACGAACCUUACUCGUUGCAGAACAUACUUUUUCACAGCUUAAGGGGAUGAACCGGCAACAAAGCAUUUUAAAAAUCGAUUUUGAGUGAAAUAUGGAAACUUACGGCACAUCCCCCUGAUCCAUUCGUUGUCUCACUUCUUGCCAGGAGGUUCAUCUCCGCAUUGUAAUAAUUCUUCAAGGUCUAGCUUCAGCAUGGACCCAUGUCUGUAGCAGUGGUAUUUUUUUUUAUUACGACAGGGUUUUGGCCCACAGCGAAGACAAGGCGAAAAGUGACGCCAUUUCAUUUUUCGUGAUAAGUCUAGAUGGGAAAGCUUUUCCUUGGAACUAGAGUGUCCUUGGUGUAUUUUUAUGAAGAAUGAGCUUUAGGUACGGACAGUUCAUUCAGUGAUGUUCGACGUAAACAUUGUCAAACCUCGUCGAAGAAAAAGUACCCUUAGUAAAUUGAAGGCAAAUAUCUUAAACACCGAAGUCUAGCAGAAAACUUUAACAGUCAGCCCAGGGAUAAAAAUUCUGAGGAAUCUGUGGAGGGUCUUACAGUUACCUCGCGUGAAAUUGUAACCUAACGUCGGGUGGAACGUCGGGUGUAAAUUGUAACCUAACCCGCCUCCUGGACUGUCCAUAUCAUCUGCCAGUUGACCUUCACGUCACGAUGAUGUUGAGUCGUAAAAUUCUGCCACAUGACUUAUUUUGGCGUGACGUCACACUCCGCCGCACCAAUGUAGAGUGUGACGCCGUAGCCGAGACCGCCGCCACACUCUGCUAUUAGUAUUGUGACAGAUCAGUAUCUGACGCCACUUAGUCAAAAGGCCUCCGGCGUUUUUUAGUGUGUCGGGUGACCUUCCACGCGCACUGUGUUUUCUUGACUUCCCACGAACCCCUGAUGUUUUUUUUUUAAACCACCAAACGCUCGCUUGACUGAUUUCCGUUUUUGUCUAGCACGGAUACAAUUUCUGCAUAUGUGUGGGGUAUUGCUUUGUGAGCGAUGUAGCUUGCAAGUGUCCGGACAGCGGCAGUUCGCUGUCCGAUUACAGAAGUCGUUCAUUUCUGCAUAUCAUGCCCGCUUACUCACCAAUACCGGCGUCAAUUUGUAACAUCUGAAUGGUCGCUAGAACGAAAAACAAAUCGCCGUCAGCGGUGUCUGACGUCAUAGAUUUUAGGAAACACCAGCUCGCCCUCAACUAAUAUCUGAAGAGGCUUUGAAAUCUGCACGAGGGUUUGGUAGUCGGUUUUGCACUAGGAGUUGACUUUAGUGGCUCAUGUGGUUUUACUAAUAUAUUUAUUCAGGUCUUGUCGUUGUGUGUUUGUGUUGAUUGUUCGUGACGUGGUAUGUUCGUUAGUGCACGCCUUUAAUAAAGCCAUAAAGAGCUCAAA